CAUCCGAGAGAGGUGCGAGCUUGGUUGUUGUUCGUGCUGGUGAAUGGUUGAAGAUUGAGAAGUGUCAAAACAUUCUUUGCAACAAUGAGGCGUAACGUGAAACUGUUGUUGUUAUUUUCAAUGGCAUGGAUGUUUGUCAUCGUGUAUUACCUUCAGGUCUCUAGAGAAGGCAAGAUGCCUGAGGAGAAUCGCGCAUUGCGCCUGAAGGAGUCUGCUACAGCCGCCCUGGAGGACGCGCUGCCGGUAGCUUUGUCCCCGCCUCAAGCAUCGAUAGCAGCCACCGACACAGACCCUCGGGUCAAGUGGAAUUACUUCGAUGAGAAGGGCUAUGUGGAGCGUGGAGGGUUGAAGGCAGGGGAGGAUCCGUACCUGAGGAACAAGUUCAAUCAGCAGGCCAGCGACGGAUUGCCUAGCAACAGGGACAUUCCGGACGAGAGGAGCCCCAUGUGCAGGAAACGGAAGUGGAGGACAGACCUUCCUGCAACGAGCGUCAUCAUCACGUACCACAACGAAGCGAGAUCUACGCUUCUCAGAACCGUCGUCAGUGUGCUGAACCGCAGUCCAGAACACUUGAUCAAAGAGAUCAUUCUGGUAGACGACUUCAGCGACCAUCCCUCAGAUGGUCAGGAGCUGGCUAGGAUACAGAAGGUGAAAAUCAUACGGAACAGCAAGAGAGAGGGCCUCAUGCGGUCGCGAGUGCGAGGUGCAGAUGCAGCAACGGCUCCGGUACUUACUUUUCUGGACAGCCACUGUGAGUGUAAUGUUGGUUGGCUGGAGCCACUACUGGAGCGUGUAGCAGAGGACAAGACACGUGUUGUGUCUCCAGUCAUUGAUGUGAUAAGCAUGGAUACUUUUGAGUACAUUGGAGCAUCAGCCGACUUGAGGGGUGGCUUUGAUUGGAAUCUCGUAUUUAAAUGGGAGUAUCUGAGUGGAGAGGAGAGGGCACAACGAAAGAAAGAUCCAACAGCAGCCAUCAGGACACCAAUGAUUGCAGGUGGUCUGUUUGUGAUCGACAAGUUGUACUUUGAGAAGCUCGGAAAGUAUGACAUGAUGAUGGAUGUCUGGGGAGGUGAAAAUCUUGAGAUCUCGUUCCGGGUGUGGCAAUGUGGCGGCAGUCUGGAAAUUAUCCCCUGCAGUCGUGUGGGACAUGUGUUCAGAAAACGACAUCCAUACACAUUUCCUGGGGGAAGUGGAAAUGUAUUUGCCCGUAAUACACGCCGGGCUGCUGAGGUUUGGAUGGAUGAGUUCAAGGAGUAUUAUUAUGCAGCCGUACCCCUAGCAAAACACAUCCCGUUCGGCAAUAUUGAUGAUCGGCUGGCAUUGAAGGAACGCUUGCACUGCAAACCAUUCAAGUGGUACCUAGACAAUGUGUAUCCACAGCUAAAGCAGCUGAAGAUGCCUGCCUCAGAUGUCACAACAAGCAUGAUGCGACAGGGAAACAUGUGUCUAGAUACACUGGGACACCUGGUCGACAAUACGCUGGGCAUUUUUCUGUGCCACAACAGUGGUGGCAAUCAGGAAUGGUGGUUCACAAAUGACAACCACAUCAAACACCAUGAUGUAUGCCUCUCAUUAUCUGAGCCACAGAUUGGAGCUCCUCUGUUGAUGAGAUUCUGUGAAAACUCAGAGAAUCAGAAGUGGCACCAGGUUGAGAAGGGUGGCCUGGUGAAGCACAUUCGACUAAGUCUGUGCAUUGACUCUAAAGACUACAAGACUCGAGGACUGACAGUGGAGCGAUGUGAUUCCAGCUCUCCGUCCCAGCAUUGGAGUUUUGCAGUGAAGAAAUUGUGAUGAUCUGUCAGCUUACAUACUUGUACAUAACCUUAAUACAAACUGGCCAAUCACAAGCCAGUCUUGCAUUUAUUAUGGCAUCCAGUGAUGCUUUCACACAAGCUAAAUGAGAUUUUACUCAGGUCUGAAACAUUCACGGACAUCAUCCGUGUACCGAACAUCACGUAUCGUGGGCCACUAAAGAUGAACCUAAUGCUCAGAAACCCAGUUUGGGUUUCAUGAUGGGUGUAGGCUGUGAGAAACAUGCAAGUCAUUUAGUCACUUUCCACAAACUGAAUGGUUGCUGAACAUGUGUACGAGUGGUGCUGGCAUUUAUUGAUGUUUGAAUGAUAAAUUUGACUGGAAUUAAAGUGAAAAUGGAGCAAAGGAGUAAUAAGUGACAGCCAUCUGGAAAAUAACACAAACUCUUUAAAGUAAUUUAGUGUGGAAAGACAUUGGGAAAGUAUUACUAGUAGAGUGUGAAUCAGAGGUGGCAAUUCAGUUGCACUGAAACAUGUCAGAGAAGGAAAGAGAACUUCCUUUAUUCCUUCCCAGGAUUUGCCAUUCUUACCAAAUUUUUAACAUUUAAAAAUCAGUGUCUGUGUUAAAACAUAUUGAAAAUUGAAUUGUAAAAAAAUGCCAACUAAUUGUAAGUACAGUAGAACAUAUGUGAGAUUAUUUGGUUUAGCCAGUACUUCAUUCUUUGCUAGGGGAAACAGAUUUUUCUGACAAGGAAACAGAAAGUAAAGUGUAUUUUACCAUGUACUGCUGCUUCUCAGGGCAAAGUUUUGCUGCUUUCUUUACUGUUGGAGUUUUGUGAGGAAAUGCUUACUGAGCCUGUGAAUUACAAGCUUUUGUUUUGUAUAGUUCCAUGUAUAGCUUGAUAGACCAAAUUUUUAUUGUUUCCUGAUUUACUGAAUGAUGAUCUGUCAUGAGUAAUAUUGAAUGAUGAAUGAUGAACUGAGGAGGACAUAAGAGCAAGUGGCUAUGGGCACUUUUAAGGCAUUAUCCCUGCAUUUGUCUAGAGAGACUGGGGAGAAGUAUGAGAAAUGUGAGCUCAGUAUUCAAAUCUGGCAUCUCCCAAGUAUGAAGCACAAGAGUUAAUCAUUACACUGCAGCAGCAUUUGACAGAACAGCUUCUCCCAUGUAUAAAUGAGGCAGGCAAUGGAAGCAGAAAGUGUUCAGAGCAGCAUAAGAGUGAAGAAGCAGAGAACUUCAUGAUGGCUGCAUUAUUACGGGCCAACACUAUCCAUGAAUAGCCAUCUCUGAACUAUUAACUUCUGAGUGGUUGAUUCAAAACUGAUCAGCAGUUUAAUGUGAACAGAUGUAAAGACUGAGGCCUUUGCAGAGUGCCGCACUGAUAUACUACAUACUCCUUCCUUCAUACUUAAAUAACUCACAUUCACUCAUCUUUGCACAAAUGAAGAUGAUAUAACUUACAUCUUAUUGUGUUGCAAUUGUGUACUGCAGCAUCUUAAUGCAGAGUCUUACUGUAAUAGUUUAACAAAUCAUUUAGAGAAACUGCAUUUCAUACUGUUAUUGCUUGAAGUCUCCUGUGGUCACUAUUGUACUUCAAAUUUUGGGGCAAAGUAUAUUGUGUGAAUUGUAUCAUCAUUUAGUAUGAACUAUAUCAUGGGGUUGGCCGUGCCAUAGCUCAAGCGGUUAGUCAUUGACUUCCCACUGCGGCGACCCGGGUCUGGUCAAGUGGGACUU